ACAUUGUGUAAAACUAAGAUGUCUUGUUCUGCCGAACAUUUAAAAUAUCUAAAGGAAUUAAUUUCAUCAUGCUUCCUUCCGGCUUUAAAGGAGGAUUUGGAUAAUGUGCCUCUAAGUAGCGAACAUUUUGUUUCAUACAGAAAUGUUUUGGAAAUACAAUUACCGACCCUUUACGACAUGUUGCAACAAAGCCGGCACUGGAUUUUUGGUGGAGAAGAUCAAGACUCUUAUGAGGUAUUUGCGAAUGUGAUCAUCUUAUUGUGCGAGAUUAACGCUGAGUCAACAAUUUAUCGCUUAUCAAAUGAAAAUAUUCAAAGGAAUGCAAACAGUAUCCUACAAGAACAUACACCUGUAAAUAUAGCAGAUGUAGAAAAAAUUCUGUUUGAAUUUUACCAAAACAAACUUAAGAAGGAUGUAUGGAAAAAACAAUUGGGUUCCAUGCAUGGAUUCGUGAGAUAUUUAGAGUUACAAUAUUCGUGUAAAACGCUUCCAAGACAAUGGGUUAAUUUCUGCUUAUCCGUGGGUCUAACUGUACGCGAAAGCCACGAGCCUACCUGUAAACGAAUUGGUAUAUUAAUAUUUGCACUGAUAUUGAAAAGUGGUAAUUUCGCAUAUAUUCAAGAACAAAAUAUACAUGGUGUCAUAUACGAGUCAGCAAUCAAAGAUGUUGAUUUUAUGGACUGUGCAGAGACAGCAGCAGAUGUUUGGAAAUGUUUACAUAAAUGUUUAAAAUUCUGUAAAGAAUUAAGCAGUUUUAAUUGGUGCCAACUCGAUGAUCUAAUGGAAAAAGCCAUUAAAAAUGUAACAAUGGCCUCCAAUAGUCAGAUAUCACUAUGUAAUUUGCAACAAGUCUCUAAAAUGGCGGCAUAUUUUGCAAUAAACCAACAGGAAAUCGAAGCUUGUUGCGAAGCAGGUCUAAAUAUUCCUUCAUCGAUAGAACAUUGCCGAAAUAUUUGUGCAACCAAUAAUUCCUACACAAUUUUUCGGUGGGCUAAAAGCAUUCUAACUAUGUUAAACGUGGAGUCAUAUAAAUUAAUGCAGGAGAAAGAAAUGUCGCAGAAAUUCUUACUGGAAAUGCAUAAAUGUUACUUGGUUUGUAUUUUGCCAAUUGACUUACAAAUAAUCGCUCCACAUUUAAUAUCAUUUCUCGAAAAGUUUACGUCUGUGUUAAUGGAAGUUAUAAUCACUCAUAAGCUGGAUUUUGAAAUCAUACAGAUCGUUAGAACGAUUUUAGAGACUUUCAAAUACCAACUUCAACAUUCCCCAUAUACUCAUGAAAGCGAAAAUUUUGUCAAACUUAACAACGCACUUGAAAAGCUACUUAACCACAAUAUCUUUGUACAAAAUAAAUAGAUGAUUUUUAAAUUAUUGUAAAUAUUUU